AUGUCUAAAGGCCGAGGCAGAGCUGUGCUUGUCCUGAGCCUCCUGUUUCUGACAACUUCCCUUGCUGCUGUCAACGGGCUGCCCUUGAAGAAGCAGCGCAGUCCCAAUCCGAAAGAAACGGACUACACCUUGGUGCAGAUUGCCACAUCACCCGAUGUUCCUUCAUUCAAAGAAGAAAUACCACAGUCACACAGGAUGCAGAACUUGAGGCUGAAUGGACAGGUGAUACCAGAUGAACACAAACACCAUUGGCCAUUGCAACAGGCUUCAAGGAACCAGUUGGCAUCACUCCAACCUACGGAAAUACUCCCAGAAGAGAAAACACCUUUUGUACUGGACUUACAAAGCCUGACAGGCUUAGCCAAUGUGGAUCUGAAUGCCCAGAAUCCAAACAUACAGGUGACCAUUGAGGUGGUGAAUGAUCCUCAAGCAGAGAUGGAGAUGGACUUGCUGAAGGAGACUAGUAAUGAUUGGUCCCUGUCUUCCUCUGAAUGGUUAUCUCAUAAGGACCUCUUUUGGCCUCUUUUCUGGGAAUACACAGAUCCCAUAGAGGAUGGUGAUGAUAAUUUGAACAUAAAGAGCAGGGAUGAAGAAGAGGAGGAGGAAGAGGAAGAUUAUACAUCAGAGUAUGAUGAAGAAGAAAUAGUACUGAGUGGAGUGGGGGGAAAUUGGCAUCAGAGGUGGCCUAAUCGAAAGAAUUGGAUCUUAAAAGAGAAAUACAACUAUGAUUAUGAACAUGAAGAGGACUGGAGUCCUUGGUCUUCCUGCAGUGUAACCUGUAGCAGUGGCCAUCAGAAGAGAACCCGGUCUUGUGGUUAUGCAUGCACAGCCACAGAAUCAAGAACUUGUGAGCUGCAGCACUGUCCUGGUAUGUUCUAAUUUUCUGGGCUGCAGUAUUUCCAUAGGCUUUGCUUUAACCCUUCAGAGUUACUCAUUCAUUCAUCUGAAAAUGCCACGGAGAUUCUGAAUGCAGAUGUGGAUAGUUGUGAGAAAUGGCUUAAUUGCAAGAGUGAUUUCCUCAACAAAUACCUAAGCAAAGUGCUUUCAGACCUACCCAACUGUCCCUGCUCUUACCCUUUAGAAGCUGUUUAUAGUGCUGUAAACUUGCAAGAUGAGCAGAAGGGCAAGAACUUCCGAUGGCAGGAUGCCAGUGCGCCAAAGGAACGAUUGGACAUCUACAAACCCACAGCCCGUUUCUGCUUGCGUUCCAUGCUAUCCCUGGACAGCACCACUCUAGGUGCCCAACACUGUUGCUAUGAUGAGAACACCAAGCUUAUCACCCGAGGCAAGGGAGCAGGAGCGCCCAACCUCAUAAGCACAGAGUUCUCUCCUGAGUUACACUACAAGGUGGACAUGCUGCCUUGGAUCCUCUGCAAAGGGGACUGGAGUCGAUACCAUGCUGUGCGGCCUCCCAAUAAUGGGCAACAGUGUGCUGUCAACCCUCCAGAGGAUGAAUACCUUUCUCAACUACAGGAGGCCAGAGAGUAUUAAUAUAGUAACCAGAAGGAGGCUGAGG